UUCGGCUCCGGUCCAUCCGAAUUACCACCAGAGUUGGCAAAUGUUGGCUUUGGCAUUGGCGGCAAUGGCAUUAAUUUCAAUGUACCUGCAGAAGGAGAACCAGCGGAAUCUUCCGCUGAGAAAACUUCUGCAUCUUCCGAGAAAAGGGCGAGAAGGCCGAAACAAAGAAAGCAGCCUAAUCCGGACGCAUUCAAAGAAGAGUCCCUGAUCAUUCCACAAAACUCAGGACUACGGCCUGUAGCGCCACCGAAAGAGUUCCUCGAUGGAGGCGGAUUCGGACCUGGUUCCUCUUCCAGUGGCGGAGGCGGCGGUGGAAGCUUUGGAGGAGGUGGAUUUGGCGGAGGAAGCGGCGGCGGCGGCGGUGGCGAUGAUAGCGACUCAGGAAGCGCGCUAGGUUUAGGAGGUGAUGGAAGUGCUGGAGGCGGUGGAGGAAGAGGAGGAGGUGGUGGUGGAAGAGCUAGAGGAAAAGCUGGUCGUGGACGAGGCGCUGGUGGUGGAGGUUCCGCUAACUUAGCUGGGGCAGAACCGGAACAACCUCCAGACCUGUUCACCGGGGAUUCGGCACUUACGCCCUCUCGUGGACCUACUGGUGAUGGUUAUGGACCACCGAUCUUUCCUGGAGGUGCAGUUCCGCCACCUGUACCGGCAGUAGGUCUUGGAGGUGCAGCAGCUGGAAAAAGCCCCUAUGGGGCACCACUUAUGGAAGCGACGGAAAAUCCACCGACCACGGUCAAGCCAUCAGCUCUUUUGAAUGUUUUGAAUAAAGCUGAUCAAGGAAUCAACCAAGCAAUCACGCAUUUUGAACAAGGAAGUCCUCUAGAGACAGCGGCUAUAGAUAUCUUGGAAGUGGCGUUGGGCUCCCAGAGGUUGGACUCUCAAGCUAAACUUUUGGGACACGUGGAUAGGGCUAUAGGAUUGGACAAUUUGCAACGGAUACAACGAUGGGCGAACACAGCUGGUGCUAUGGAUGUGUUCAAAGAAGAGGUGGUGAAAUUCAUCAAGAACUUUGAACCACCUGAGGAUCUCCUUCCGACAAUACCUCCGCAACUUGAUUAUUUAUUCAAAACCUCAGGACGGUAG